UCCUUGGCUGGCAGCUGCGGCGCAGGCGGCGAGAGCGCCUGCAGCGCGCGCGGUGGCGCGCGCGGCGGCCGAACUAGCGGUAGUCAAGCCUGGGAGCUGCAGGCUCGUGGGGGGCCCGCUCGGCCGCGCGCGCCCCCGACGAAAAAGGAGUGGACAGUGCCGGGGCGUUCUCAGAGCACUGCCCGCUAGAGUCCGGCCCCUCCCAACUGCGAAUCUGGGUGGCCGUGAUCCCUAGGUUUCAGAGCACUACCUAGGCCGCCUCUGACCUGGAAGGGGCGCGGGGACUGGGACUGUGGGCCGCUCGGUUAGCGAGCUGUGGGGUUGCGGAAGGUUAGUGAAAAACGCGCGCUGGGCCAUCGCCUCUGCCGCUUUGCUUGGGAGAACUAGAACUGGCGUCGGGCUUUUUAAUGAAAGCAGAAUUGAACUCAACUUGGAAUAUUCUGGAUAAACUGAGAAGACAACAAAGAACAACAGCCCUCUCUCCUCCAGGCUCUUUUCCCUGCCACCUCUUCCCAGGAGAAACCUGCACACAGGAAAUUCUAGGAAGACAUUGUCAAAGUUAAUUAUGAAAACAUUUGUCAUUGGAAUCAGUGGUGUGACAAAUGGUGGGAAGACAACACUGGCUAAAAAUUUGCAGAAACACUUUCCAAAUUGCAGUGUCAUAUCUCAGGAUGAUUUCUUUAAGCCAGAGUCAGAGAUAGAGACAGAUGAAAAUGGAUUUCUGCAGUAUGAUGUGCUUGAAGCACUUAACAUGGAAAAAAUGAUGUCCACCAUUUCUUGCUCGCUGGAAAGCUCGAGACACCCACAGGGAUCAACAGACUGGAGAAGCACUGAGGAAGUUCCCAUAUUAAUCAUCGAGGGUUUCCUUCUGUUUAAUUAUAAGCCCCUUGACACUAUGUGGAAUAGAAGCUACUUUCUGACCAUUCCAUACGAAGAAUGUAAGAGGAGGAGGAGUACAAGGGUCUACCAGCCUCCAGACCCGCCAGGAUACUUUGAUGGCCAUGUGUGGCCCAUGUAUCUGAAGCACAGACAGGAAAUGGAGGGCAUCACAUGGGAAAUUGUUUACCUAGAUGGAACAAAAUCUGAAGAGGACCUCUUUUCACAAGUAUAUGAAGAUCUAAGACAAGAACUUGCAAAGCAAAAAUGUCUGCAAGUAACAGCAUACAAAUAGAAGGCACUGAAUUCUUCCUGGGUGAACUAAGAAACUUUACCAAGAACCUUAUUCAGGAACCUUAACCAAGAUAUAACAUGUGCUUUGUUCUAAUGACAGCUGUUUUUUCAUUUGUUCUAGCACACAUGAUUUCUAGCUAGAUGUGUUCUAGCACACAUCUAGCAUACUGUUCCAACACGUGGAACAGUAAACAGUUAUCCAGGCCAAUAGUCAGGAAUUUAUGUUAAUGAGUUGUUCUCAUUCCAAGGAGUACAUAGAUAUAGAAUAAUAGCUAAUGAACAGUGAAAUCAGUUCCUCUAUGCCUGUGACUGUCAAACUUCUCUAAAUGAGAGCCAGAGUAAGGGAUAAGAUUUACCUCACAACCCAGUAUAAAUGUAAUCUGUCAUUUGUGUGUAAGCAUGUCUACAUUUGUAUGUACGUUUGUCUGUGUGUGCAUGUAUGUGUGUGGGUGCACACACAUAAUCAAGUAUCAUAAAACAUUUACCUUAUGUGUGAUGUACUCUGGUGUUUUUCUAUUUUUAAUUUUUAAAAACUAUUAGUUACCAUCCCAUAUCAAUGUCCACCUCCUGCAAAUAAUGGUAUUGCCAGGAGUACCAGUCCCAUUAAAUGAAUCAACAGUUUCCCACAGUAACUUUUGUGUGUGCUUUCUCAUUGUUGGUUCUGUCAUUGUUUUUUGUGUAUAUCUAAAACCACUGAAUGGUUGUGUCACUUAGGUGGAGACAUUGUUACAAAUAGGGUUUUUCCCUGUGUUUUGUUUUGUUUUUGUCAAACCAAUGCUCUAAAGUCACAGAAAUAAGUUAUAGUUACUUCAAUGACAUGUAAUACAGAGUACCUUUCACUGGAAAGCACUUUCAGGCAGUUUGAUUUUUGUGAUUUUGUUAGGCCUUUUUGAAUGCUGGAAUUUAAAUUAUCUAUUGUAUCAAUACCUUUUGGUUAUAAAUAACAGAUUGCUCACAAUCCUUUCAGCCCUUACAAACAUA